CCUGGUGGACCUUAACACACUCAAGGUCCUGGAAGUCGAUGAUAUCCUCGGCUGCAACAAGGGAAUUAUUGCAGCGCACCGUGCAAAGAGCACGCCUAGUAGGAGGACGAGGAGGAGGAGGAUCAUGAGAGAUGCUAGGAGAAGAAGUGGAGGCACAAGAGGGUGGGUCAGUGACGCUAGAAGCGACCAACGAUGAAGUCAGGUCCGAGUCCUCAGAAAGAGUAGCAAGCGGCGCGAAGGUAGAAUCGCAGGCGGGUAUGCCUGCUACUGUGGGAGGAUCAGGGGAGCGGGAGAUCACCACUAGGUGGCUGCGGGGCGGGAGGUCGAGGGGGGGGGGUCAGGCUGAGGGCGGGACUGCUGAGCAAAGUGACGCUGGAGGGCGUCGGCGUAGGGGCAGCUGGACGAAGUGUGACCAGACAGGUCUGUGGUUCCUCUGGUUGGAGAGAAACAGAGUUCGCUUCUCAGAAGAGGAGUACUCCCUGCACAGGAUCCAGGGCAAUAUGAAGAGAACCCUGAAGGAAGUCAUCCAAGCGGACUGGCGCAAGAUCUCCCAGUCCAAGGUACCUGAGGAAAAGAGGAAGGAGAACUUCCAGAAGAUCUGGUCAAAAGACUACUGCUGGGCCAUCCCGGAUCAGAAAGUAACGGCGUGGUUGUGCGCCGCCGAACUUCAACGGCUUACUGGAGGUGGUGCCGGGAGAGAAGGCAGCGCUGGUGCAGGUGCAGGUGCAGGAAGGAGGACAGAGGCGAAGGAGAGACCGCAGACGGCAUCCUCAUCGUCAUCGCCAUCGUCAUCAUCACCAUCAUCAUCAUCAGGAGCAGCGGCAGCAGCAGCAGCAUUGGAGAAUGGACGUUCGUGGCAUGGAGACGCUGUUCAUCGCCAGAUGGCAGAGAAGACGGGAUCCCGAUCGCUGGGGGCGGUCACGGGGUCGACUCUUGUUGUGGUAGAUCCCGUUCUACUCUACCAUGGCAAAGCGGACACCGUCUUCGUCUGGCCGGGCCAAAGCCCGUUCCAUGCGAUGCUGAACAGAUCUUUAUUCUGCAGUUCGAUCAUCAAGAGCAUCGUCGUCUCUCCGGACGGUCGUUACUUGUACUACAAGCUGGGUGAGGCGUGCCAUGACACGUCCGUCAUGAGGAUGACCGACGUGCGUUUCUCGCUUCGAAAGGUUAAUCUAACGGCCGGAGCGGAGGGAGACGCGAAGGAGGGGGCCGGUGGGGAGCUGAUCACUUACUGGUGGGCCGCUGAGGAUGCGAGCGGCGGCGCAUCUCUUUAUCCAAUAGUGGAUGACGAAGACAACAGGAUGACCCCGGCUAUGGCGUACUUAAUUGGCAGCAUGGAGAUCUCAGGUUCGGGACGACGGCUAGUCGUCACCGCGACGCCGGGAUCCCAUCUCGAGUCAUCGGUGGUGAUGGUCGACACGGAAGACGGGCACAGGGUGGGAUUCGAAAUAGAGGCGGACCGCUUAACGAGCGUGAGCUUCAGUCGGACGACCAGACGUCUCUACCUCUCCGACGUGGCUGUACCUUGUCGUAUUCUCUCUGUUGCGAUGUUGACCGGAGAUGAUGAAGAUCCUCCUGUCGGUCAAAGGACCCCCUUCGUGACGGAGGUUACUUUCCCAACCACUGGCGAGUCUCCCAACAUAUCUGAUCCGUGGUUCGGCGCGCACAGCAUCGAUCCACGUGGCAGAUGUCUCUACUUCAGCGACAGGACUGUCAACCAGCUCUGGAGCAUGGACCUGCUCUCUCCGUCGAGGAAUCUCACCGGAAUCGCGGGGUCGGGAGAGGAGGGAGCGCAGGAUGGGGAGGGUUUGCGCGCCUCCUUCAGCAGUCUGACGGAGCCCGCGGUCACUCGCGACGCGUGCAACGUCUUCGUUCCCGACGGUACUGUUCUUCGCUGGGUGAAGAUGGAGUCGCCGUGCAUGACAGCCGCAAACGUCAGCACGAUAGCUAGGCUGGAGGAGGGUGUGAUGUUCAGCGCCUUGGCCAUCGACCAUCAGGACGCCUAUCUGGACCUGUACGUCGGUACAACCGACGGAUCGGUGUUCAGGGAUGUGGCUGUCAAGGUGAUGGACGGGCAGCUGACGACGGCAAAGAGGGCACAGUUCGUGGCAGAAGUGAAUACCCUAAGCCGGGUUCAUCACGCCAAUCUCGUCGAACUCAUCGGCUAUUGUGAUGAGGGGAAUCGGUGCAUGUUGGUGUACCCUCUGUACACUGGGGGGAGCUUGGACUCGAGGCUGCACAAGAAGCAGGCCGUCCGCCGAUCGGAAUGCCGUUCUCCACUGGCUCUGCCGCAGCGCAUGUCGAUAAUUAUCCAGAUCGCACAAGGGCUGCGCUAUCUUCACUACGGCGCCGUUCCACGGGUGCUGCAUCGUGACAUCAAGAGCAGCAACGUCCUACUUAGCGAUGAGGAUGGAGGGAGUAUCCGAGCCGUUCUCGCCGACUUGGGAAUGACCGCCAUAGCCGAGGCUGUUCUCCGUGCAGGGAGCGACGACCAUACUAAUGUCCCUGAGACUGAGAUGAACCUUGCCGGCAAUGGCGGCUACAUCGCCCACGAAUACGCCAUCAGAGGGAGAUUGACAGCGAAGAAUGACAUGUAUGCUUUUGGCGUCGUAGUGUUGGAGGUCUUUACGGGACGGCGGGCGAUGAUGCGGGAUGAUGACAGCUGUCAACCGCUCGCAGAAUGGAUUUCAGGCCGCUUGAGUGGUGCAAAGUUGGGCGACAUUCUCGACAAGAUCGUGGAUGAGAGUCUGCAGGCAGAACUUGUGAGGGACGCGGCCAGUAGGACGAUGGUGAUGGGCGCGAUCCGGAUCGGGUUAGAGUGCACGCAAGCUGAUCACAAGCGCAGGCCGAAGAUGACCGCUGCCUGCGAGCGGCUAGCGACCAUCAUUGAUGACGAGGGCCCUGAGGGGGGGGAGGAGCGGGCGGAACCUGCUGACCAUCCGGCCUCGCAGGAGGCCGAUGAGUGGAGCGACCCGAAGGACAUCCGUAAACGUAGCGGCGGGGGCGACCUUUUCAAGGGAGGUGACGGGAGCCGUUUUGAGCGAGAGCAGCCUUCGUCUCCGGGGCCCCAAUCUGCCGAUACGCAGGCGGUGCACGGGUCUGCGCGUUCUAGGGGACAGAGUCAGUCAGCUUGCGGUGGCGGCAAUCCUGGGCAGCAUCCCGAACGUAUUUGCAGUGGGAUGGCUUCAGCCGGCGUUGUUCCCCCUCCGUCGCAAAAUCUUCAUCGAGGUUUGCCCCUUCGAGGGCGACUGCAUAGAUUGGUGAAGGGCCCGAGACAACGAUUAGAGGAGAGAUUGGUGGGCGGUCCUUCACCGAGUGAGAGGGUCGAGAAAGAUGUGGAGAGGCCGACUGCUGGACUUACUGCUCCGUUGUCAGGAGAUGAACGUAUUCCAAUUGAGGAGGCGAUUCAGACAGACGGUCUUGGGGGGGGUCGUGAUGACGGGAUAUCGAUGGGCGGUCGCAGAGGUUUUAGUCAGUUUGGUGAUUUGGGACUGCCGCCCGAAGAGAGCGAUUCUCGGGGGGACUUGAGUGUCAGCAUGCAGUCCAUAUUAAACCAGAGUGCCAUGCAGCCGAAGACUUUCACCCCUGCCAUGCACGUAGAGUUAGGAGCGUCGCCAACGAAGGUUCAAGUUGAUGAGGAGGCCACACCCCCUGGAGAGACAUUAGCAGAGAGGUUGGACAGGCUUGAUAGUCGUCGAGCUUGUGUCUUGGCACUAGCUAGCCCCAGGACGCAGGACUUGGCCCGUCUAGGCGGCUGCCCACGCGCGUUGGGGACGUUUAUGGAGAUGUCCCCUAACUCACAGGCGGUUGCCCACGUGGAUCCCAUGACAGAGGUUCGCAAUGGGACGCAGGGGGAGGCAGCUAUACUCGAGGCAGCGUCGGCAGGGAUGCAGGUGGAGGAAGUUGCAGGCAAGGCGACUUCAGCAGGGAUGAAGGGGGAGGCGGUCGGACGCAAGGCAGCUGGAGGCGAGAUGGGUGGAGGCGAGGCAGCUGGGAUGCCAGCGGAGGCGUAGGGGUUGCACAAGAUCGGGGUCGAUGCACAAGACGACCCGCAUAUGGUGCCCAACCAGC